CCCAAAUUAACGAUGCUAGAGAAAAUAGACAAUGUCUAGGUGUUCAGCAAGUUUCAUUUGCUCAUGCCUUUCUUUACACAAUACCUUGGCCUAACAUGAAAGCCUUUCGUCUCCUCGGCCCCGACAAAGGCCUUGUCUUCCGAGACGUCCCAAUCCCCUCUCUGGGCCCUAAACAGGUCCUUAUCCGCGUCAAAGCCGCCGGGCUCUGCCACUCCGACACCCAUGUCCUCCACGGCGUCUCCGAUAUCAUUACCGAGCUAGGCGACUCUUCAACCACAUCAUUCAAAGUCGGCGACCGGGUUGCCGUAUCCUGCGUGGGCCAUCCGUUCCAAGAGAGAAAUUUUGAGGAGGCACUCGGCGUCGGCUGCGACGGCAGGUACGCUGAAUAUGCACUUGCACCAGGCAAAAAUGUUGUCAAGAUACCAGGUCAGGUUGACUUCGCUGAAGCUGCUGUAGCUACCGACUCCGUUGCAACUGCCUACCACGCCAUCGUCGCUGAGGGUAGGGUAUGCGAAUCGCACAUGGUUGGUGUUAUUGGUCUAGAUGGUCUAGGGUUGAACGGGCUGGCGAUUGUGGCACACCGUGGUGCCAGGGUUUUUGGAGUCGAUAUCAACGUGGACAAGUUUGAACAGGCCGAGGAAUACGGCGCUAUAGCCUGUGCCACGGAUUAGUAGACUUUGCAGGAACCCAGAAGACGGUUGAGGCUGCGAUAUCCUCAGUGAGGCCGCGAUUGUUACGUAGAAUGUCUCGCUCAAAGGCUCAACGAGCGCCAGCAUUCAAGAGUUCAGAGAGGUUCUGGACUUGAU